AUGGAUAGCUCGUCGUCAAAUCACACCGCGUCAUCGAGCUCGCCGUCCUCAGCGGGCCUGGGUAUCACCGGCGGCUAUGAGGGCGACAGCCUUGCGCUGAAGGUCAUGAUCGCAUUUUUUCUUGGAUUGUCCAUGUACAAUGUCGUCGAACUGCAGAUAUUGAUAUUCGGCACCUUCCACCGCUUCCGUGGUCUCUAUUUCUGGAGUCUGGUGAUCUCGAGCUUGGGCAUCAUCCCCUACUCGCUCGGCUUCAUCUUCAAAUACUUUUCCAUUCUGACGGGUGGUGGGAAAUGGUUCUCCAUCUUUCUGCUCUCCAUAGGAUGGUAUCCCAUGGUGACCGGCCAGGCGAUCGUCCUCUGGUCGCGACUCCAUCUCAUCGUCACCGGCGACAAGGGACGGAAGAUUCUCAAAUGGACGAAAUGGAUGAUCAUCGUCGACGCCAUCGUCUUGCAUAUCCCCACCACCAUCCUUACCUGUGGAUCCAACGGCGACACCGACACGGAGGCUUUUGUCCGAGGCUACAAUGUCAUGGAGAAGAUCCAGAUGUGUGGCUUCUUCCUUCAAGAGGUCAUCCUUUCAUCCAUCUAUAUCGGCGAGACCGUCCGCAUCCUACGCACCUCGGUGCAGCAGAGUACGCAACGGCUCAUGUAUCAGCUGAUGGCGGUCAACAUCCUCAUCAUCAUCAUGGACUUAGGUCUGCUUGGCCUCGAAUGCGCAUCCCUCUACAUCCUCGAGACGACCACGAAGCCCGUGUUCUACUCGAUCAAACUCAAGCUCGAGUUUGCUAUCUUGGGCCAGCUGGUGCAAUUCGUGGGAGGUCCUCGACAGAAUAGUCAUCGCUCGUCCAGACCCCGUUCGCACAAGGAGCAUCAGCUUGAAGACCGACCUUCGUCGGCCCUCGCUGCUGGAAAUCGUGAGCAUGAUAUCUCCGAUUUCGUCGACCUCACCAAGGUGACAACUGAUGUGACUCGCGCUUCUUUGGCCAAUCGAAGGAGCGUCUCCAUUCGACCAGAUGGCCGAGAUCUCAGUCUUGACUUGGAGAUUGCCAGGAUGGAGUAUGUCGACACUCUUCCGUCGCAGCAGAGAAUGUCCAAUGGGGAUUUGGCAUCAUCGAGGCAGCGAAGGUCUGACGUGUCGGAAAAGGACUAUGGCCAUGAUUGA